AACAGCCUGCCCCCAUCUCCCUCUUGCUCGCAUGCGCACUGAGCAGAAAGAAAAGCCCUGAACGUGAGCCGUAAGGCCUUUUCUGCUUCGGCCUAAGAGAGGGGCGUGGCCCUCUGCUGGUAACGCCCCCCCUCAUUGUGACGCUACUGGCUGCGAGAGCGACGCUAAGCAACCAAAGGGAGAGAGAGCAGCGGGCCUGAGCCGGGAUCAGCUGCUGGAUUCUUUCCCCCCACUACCCCACUAGCUCUUUCCAUGGGGUCUUCGCAGUCGCUGGGCAUGAGUUCCUCCUCCAGGCAGCAGAAAGAGGAGGAGGAGGAGGAGGAAGAUUUGCUUGACAACAAGGAGGAAGACAUUGCCAGGUUCCCCUAUGUGGAAUUCACUGGGCAAGACAGCAUCACCUGUCCUUCCUGUCAGGGCACUGGCUGCAUCCCCACAGACCAUGUUAAUGAGCUGGUAGCUCUGAUCCCAUACCAUGACCAGAGGUUAAAGCCUCAGAGGACGAAACUUUAUGUCUUGGUGUCGGUGUUGCUGUGCCUCCUGGUAUCAGGGUUGGUGGUCUUCUUUCUCUUUCCACAUUCAGUCCUGGUGGAUGACAACGGCAUCAAAGUGGUUACAGUCUGGUUUGAUGAGAAAAACUCCCUUGUUGUCCUUGCCAUCACGGCUACCCUCCGGAUCAAGAACUCCAAUUUCUACUCUGUUGCAGUCACCAGCUUGGCCAGUCAAGUGCAGUAUAUGAACACUGUGGUGGGAACGCAGCAGAUAAAUAACGUCACACACAUCCAGCCACUGAGUGACCAGCUGGUGAAUUUCACAGUGAAGGCUGAAAUGGGUGGACCCUUUUCUUACGUAUACUUUUUUUGCACGCUCCCCAAGAUCAGAGUGCACAACAUUGUGAUUUUUAUGAGGACUUCAGUGAAGAUCUCCUACAUUGGCCAUAUAACUCAGAGUUCCUUGGAGACAUAUCAUUAUGUGGAUUGUGGUGCAAAUUUUACAGCUACCCAUGCUGGUUCAUGGCCGUCUAGUCUAGAAGAUGCUGCUUGAGAUGGCUAAUCUGUUUCAACGAGAAUAAGAAGUGGAAUCCUGCUGCUGUUUAGCUUUAGGACUGCUUAAAAAGAGAUGAUCAUUUGGUUUGAGACGGAUGAAAUGUGACUUUUGCUGUUACAAAAUGGAAAGUAUGAGUCUAGCUUCUAUACAAUAUUCCAUAUCUGGGCUGUGCCUAGGCACUACUUUGAAUAGAACCUGCCUAGUUUUUCAAGAUGACAAUUCCUCCCCCAUCCCCCAGCGUGGAACGUCUGCCUCUAGCUUGUGCUAUUUUGGCUUGGUUGGAUCCCUCUGCUUCUUUUUGAGAUGUCAGAUUUCUCAGCUUCUGCUUUAAAUUAGGUAAGGACAUGUUUCUGGAAGUGUUUUAUCCCAUGCAUUUCUACAAUAUGUGGAAGGAAAGACACCUAGCUUCCAGAUAUGGAAGCUUACUUCUUAUAUUCUGGUCUUAUAUUUACAUUUUGCUUACUAUCCCAAGAAAAAAUACAACACCCUGAUUUGGAAUAUUGUUAGUGCAGAAGAGGACAACGUCACAUUUUGUUGGAUUAGAACUCUACAACCAUAGCCACUACAGGCAGUGAGGGAUGAUGCGUGUGAUCCAGUACCUUGAGAACCAGAGUUUGCCCCUCGCUGACGGAAACAUCCAUGAAAUCCCUGUUUUCCUGGAUGUUAUUCUUUAAACUACCUUUUACUAUAUCAACAACUUGUUAAGUACACCAUUCUGAGGAGCACUCUAUGCAAGAAUUCUAACACUUCCGCAUUUGUUUUGAUUCCCCCCCCCUUUUAAUACUUGGGUAUCCUAGAAGGGCUAUCGUCUUCCAUUACCUGCAUCAGGAUAGUCUAUAUGCAGAGUGCACUUCAAAUCUUUGUAGCUCCUGAUUUUCUAGGCUGAGCCAGUGAUUUGUGCUGCUGGAAUAGAAGAGCUUGAUUUGUAUGUGUGUGCAUAUUUCCAGUAGCAACAUGCAUUUUUCAUUUGUAGAGAUGGGCACCUUGGUUCGGAGGUUUGUGCUGGUUUGUCAGUGUAGUACAGGUGCCAUGUGUUCCUUUCCCUAACCCCCAACCCCCCCCCC